CUUUAACUUCCUGACUGAUGUCUUGAGAUGUUGCUUCAAUAUUUCCACAUCAUUUUCCAUCCUCAUGAUGCCAUCUCUUUUGUGAAGUGCACCAUUUCCUGAGUUUGAAGGUAUGUUUUGAAAUAUAUCCACAGGUACACCUCCAAUUGACUCAAAUAUCAAUUAGAAGUUUCUGAUAGGCUAAAGCCAUGACAUCAAUUUCUGGAAUUUUCCAAGCUAUUUAAAGCCACAGUCAACUUAGUGUAUGUAAACUUCUGACACAGUGAAUUAUAAGUGGAAUAACCUGUCUGUAAACAAUUGUUGGAAAAGUUGCUUGUGUCCUGCACAAAGUAGAUGUCCUAACAAGAAAUUUGUGGACUGGUUGAAUUUUUUUUUUAAAGUUUUAACGACUUCAACCUAAGUGUAUGUAUACUUCCGACUUCAACUGUACAUGUAUUGUAGCUCAGUUGGUAGAGCAUGGCGCUUCUUGUAAUGCCAGGGUAAUGGGUUUGAUUCUGGGACCAGCCAUACGUAAAAUGUACGCACGCAUGACUAAGUCACUUUGGAUGAAAGCGUCUGCUAAAUUAUAAUAUACUGUAUUAUUCACUAGGUGUUGUGGGGUUGUAUUAACCUACAUGAUGCGCUAUAAUACAUCUGCACUAAUGCACCACCGGGGGGCAGCAGAGUAAUAGAAACCAUUGACGAAGUACAUUUAAAAAAAUGUUUUUUUUAUUUAACUGGGCAAGUCAGUUAAGAACAAUUUCUUAUUUACAAUGACGGCCUACCCCGGCCAAACCCUAACCCGGACGACAGCCGAUUGUGAUACGGCCUGGAAUCGAACCAGGGUCUGUAGUGAUGCCUCUAGCACUGAGAUGCAGUGCCUUAAACCGCUGCGCCACUCAAGAGCCCAAGUGAACAGAGCCUAGUUUCAAUUUAAACAGACAGUACACCUGCAUUUGAUUAAUACGAUUGGUCCUAAUAUAUCAAGCAUUCCUUAUUUCCUGGACUCCAACCAUAACAAAGUACUAUUUCUCACUUGUGUGUGUGUGUGUGUGUAUAUAUAGGAUAAAUAAUCAAUAACAUGCCCUUUUCCCUACUGGUUUUCUAUGUUGGGCACAUGGCAUUUCUGAAUGGAAAUAACCCGCUCAGGUUUAUCAAAGACCUCUAACCUCACCAGGUGUACCUGGAGCGUCUGCUGACCUACGCUGAGAUGGACAUCUGUCCCUGCAACUGGAAGCGGAUCGUACUGGGAGCCAUCCUGCUGGCGUCCAAGGUGUGGGACGACCAGGCCGUGUGGAACGUAGACUACUGCCAGAUCCUCAAAGACAUCACCGUGGAGGACAUGAACGAGAUGGAGCGUCACUUCCUGGAACUUCUGCAGUUCAACAUCAAUGUCACGGCCAGUGUUUAUGCUAAGUACUACUUUGACCUGCGAUCUCUGGCCGAGGACAACAACCUCCUCUUUCCCCUCGAGCCACUCAGCAACGAGAGGGCACAGAAACUGGAGGCCAUCUCCAGACUGUGUGAAGACAAGUACAAGGACCUGAGCCGAGCAGCCAUGAGGAGGUCCUUCAGCGCUGACAACCUGGUGGGCAUCCGCUCCAACGCUGUGCUCUCAUAGGCCAGCCACACUUCAGCGUUGUGCUCUCAUUAGUCAGCGACAAAUCUGUCACUCCAACAUUGUGCUCUCACUGGACAGACACAAUGGUGGAGUUAAUUUCGCAUGGCCCUGUGCCCCGAAUGGGGGAAGUUUGCUCAUUUUAGACUUCCAUUGGUCCUUAAGUGAAAAGUCUACCCGCCUGGAGCACUGAGCCAUGCAAAAUUAACUCCACCAAUAUCUGACCUCUACAGCCCAACCAACACCCCAGGAUACCUGCCACACACCCAGCCCCUCUGAGAGACUGGUCGAGGCAGCACCAUAGGCCCCGCCUGUCCCGUCCCAGACCCUAAGCGCAAAAUAACUUCUUCACUACAUAGAAAGAAGGGGAAAAUAUUUUUUUUUGGUGCUUACUAUGUAGGCUACUAGCUGUGAAAUGUACCCGUUUUUAAACUGAAAAUAAUUUGGAGAUGGAGGAUUUUAAAUAAACACUAAACAUGUAA